UCACUCAUCAGCAAUAUAUAUAACACCAAAACAUCUUGCAUUGACACAAUACACGUUAUCGUUCUUUACUCUUCUUUCAUGCAUCCCAAAAAAUUCCCAUUCAAAACCAUCCCAAUUCCUACAUCUACAAACAAAAUAGCACCAAAACCAUUUAUGGGUCAUUUUGCUUUCUUUCUAAUGAUGUCACUUCUUGGUCAUUCAUGCGCUGAAAUUUCAAGUAAAAUUGGCUUAAAUUAUGGACAACUAGGUAACAAUUUGCCUUCAAUAUCCCAUUCCAUCGAGCUUAUCAAAUCCAUGAACGCUGGCCGUGUCAAGCUCUAUGAUGCAAACCCUGAAGUAUUAAGACUCUUAUCCGGAACGAAAAUCCAGGUCUCCAUCAUGGUUCCGAACCAUGAAAUAUCAGGCAUAGCUUCAAGCCAAACCAUAGCUGAUGAAUGGGUGAUAAAAAACGUUGUUCCCUAUUAUCCACAAACUAUGAUAAGGUUCUUGCUAGUCGGAAAUGAAGUUCUCAGCUAUUUUUCCGACGAAGAUCGCCGGGUUUGGUAUGAUCUGGUUCCGGCAAUGAGAAGAAUAAGAAUCUCUCUAAGAACCCAGAAUAUGAGAGACAUCAAAGUUGGUACCCCUUUAGCCAUGGACGUUCUUGAAUCUACUUUUCCUCCGUCCUCCGGAACAUUCAGGUCGGAAAUUUCUCACUCUGUGAUGGUCCCGAUGCUUCAGUUCUUGAACAGUACGAGAUCCUCCUUCUUCAUUGAUGCUUAUACUUACUUUCCAUGGUCCGCAAAUCCCAUGAAUGUCAGUCUUGACUUCGCAUUGCUUAAAGAGAAUCUCCAUGAAACUGAUCCUGAAACAGGCUUGAUAUACACAAACCUGCUAGACGAAAUGCUUGACUCGCUGAUUUUCGCAAUGACGAAGCUCGGUUUCCCAAACAUCCGUAUCCUGGUGUCGGAAACCGGAUGGCCGAACUCCGGCGACGUGGAAGAGCCCGGAGCUAACAUCUUCAAUGCCGCGACGUACAACAGGAAUCUGAUAAAAAAGAUGACGGCGAACCCGCCGGUGGGAACACCGUUCCGGCCGGGGGUGGUGAUUCCGGCUUUCAUAUUUGCUCUAUUCGACGAGAACCAGAAGACCGGUAAGGGAACUGAGCGGCAUUGGGGUCUUUUGCAUGCGAACGGAACACCCAUUUACGAGAUCGACCUGACGGGGAAGACGCCGGCAUCGGAGUUCAAGCCGUUGCCAGAGGGAAAGAAUAAUGCGCCGUACAGAGGGAGGGUUUGGUGCGUGGCGGUGAAUGGGUCGGGUUUGUCGGAGCUCCGGUCGGCGAUGGAGUAUGCAUGUGGUGCCGGGAAUGGGAUUUGUGAUGAGAUUGAACCGGGGAGGGAGUGUUCCGAACCGGGUUCGGUGACGUGGCAUGCGAGCUACGCGUUUAGUUCUUAUUGGGCUAAGUUUCGGAGUCAAGGUGCGACUUGUUACUUCAAUGGGCUUGCUCAGCAGUCCACUAAAGAUCCUAGCCAUGGCUCUUGCAAGUUUCUAAGUGUGACCCUUUGAGAUAGAAAAGAAAUUUCUCCCGCAGUGGAUAGCAGCUCGGACUGCCAUCAAAUUUUACAUGAAACAAAACAGAUGUUGGGAGAUACUUUAUUUUUUUCGAAGAGGAGAAAACAUAUAUAUAUAUAUAUAUAUAUAUAUAUAUAUAUUUGGCCCCUAAAGAAG